AUGGACUCGCCACAAGUCGUCUUGGACGCCAUCGAGACAUCCUACGCUGCCCUAGCCAAGGAGAAGAAGAUAUGGACGCAUACUCUGAUGAUUCCAGCCUACGUUGCGGUAGCCUCUGCGCUUGUUCUCAUCAUACAUCUUGUAUUAUCGUCUGGCCCGCUGAAGAGACUCAUACACCAGUACGGCUCUUCGGAAGAUGAUAGCGUUCAGGAAGAAACCUCUCGGACUACCUCUCUACACACCAGUCUUCUCUCCGCUGCUCGUGAGCAUGUCGCCGAACUCGGAGGACCAGUCAUCUUUGCAUUCCGAGCCGUUCGUGCCCUCGCUGUCCUGGCGUUGUGUGGCCUGUCAAUAGCGAUAUUCGUACUGGAUGAGGAAGGAAACCUGAAUACGAAGGAUUUCGAGGCGUUCAGCAAGUCCUGGGGCAAAAAGCACAAGAAGUCUCGCACCGGGGUUGUCACCUUCACCAAACACGAAUGGCUUGAGUUUGUCAUGUGCUUGACAUAUUUCUACGCUUCAUUGCUCGCCGUGUGUUCCAUUGCCGCCGGACGAAAAUGGAGCCAUACCACGAAAACGCACCUCCUCGUUGUGCUCUUCGCCACAUUCCUUGUUCUGGCAUACCGCAACAUAUGGCCUCUACUGACCUUUACCCUCCAACCCGCCGACCUGCGUCAAGGUGCUCUGCUUUGGGCACAUCUGUCUUUGCUCGCAUUCGCGGCCGUCGUCAUUCCCCUUGCUGUCCCUCGUCCAUACGUACCCCUUGAUCCUAAAGAGCCAACACCGGAACCACCCGCAGAACAGACUGCCAGCAUCUUCUCCAUGGCCAUAUACAGUUUUCUGGAUCCGACCGUCUUCCUCGCGUACCGGAUCCCGCAUCUCUCCUUCAACCAGCUGCCUCCUCUUGCGGACUACGAUCAUGCCAAAAACCUUGUCAAUAUGAGCUUCCCCCACCUGGAUACGUUCUCGGGGAGCAAGAAGCAGCAUUUGUUCUGGGGCUUUAUGAAGAUUUUCCGGCGGGAAUACAUUGUGCUGGCGGCUCUGCUUCUCCUCAAGGUGGCUUGCAACAUGUUGAGUCCCAUCGGCAUCAAUGGUCUGCUCAGAUACAUUGAAGGAGCCGGCGAGGGAGCCUUCGUUCGUCCAUGGGUUUGGAUCUCUGCCCUCUUCUGGGCUCCCGUCAUCGGAACGCUCGCCAUACAGUGGUAUAUCUUCCUCGCUACAGGCAUGCUCGUCCGUGUCGAGGCCAUUGUCACCCAACUCGUCUUCGAGCACUCACUCCGUAUCCGCAUGAAAGCUGAGACCGAAAGCAGUGGCAGCACCCCUUCUCCUUCCGCUGCAGCUACGGAAGGGACGUCUACUCCCGCCGACACGGCGUCUCUCGCUAAUACUAGCACCGUGCACGACGGAUCGGAAGCAAACGAAAGCGACGAUGGCGCUCCGCCUUCGAGCACCUUGAGCGCAUCGUCUACGCCCAGCAGUACCAUCAAAGGGAAGCCCGAUGCGAAGCCUAAGGGCGGGGACAAGAAAGAGGAAGACGACGAGAAAUUCCAUAAGGACGGGACGGCGAAGGCCAGCAAUCUGAUUGGGAAGAUCAACAAUCUUGUGUCGACGGAUCUGAACAAUAUCGUGGAUGGAAGAGAUUUCUUAUUCCUAAUCCUCUACACACCGGUUCAAAUCAUCGGAAGUGUGAUAUUCUUGUACACGAUUCUCGGUUGGAGUGCAUUCGUCGGGAUGGGUGUCAUGAUACUAUUGUUCCCUCUUCCAGGCUAUGUCGCCAAACUUAUCCAGACGGCUCAAGUAGCGACGAUGAAGACCACCGAUGCGCGAGUACAGACCGUCACAGAGACUAUGAACGUCCUCCGUAUGAUCAAACUAUUCGGCUGGGAACCAAAAAUCAAUGAGCGUGUAGCUGAAAAGCGAGACGACGAACUGCGUUGGAUUAGAAGGCGUCAACUUCUUAAUUUGCUCAACGGGAACAUGAACUAUAUCAUUCCGGCCAUCACAAUGAUAGUUACCUACUUCGCAUACACGGUCUGGAUGGGUAAAGACCUGACUGCGUCCGCUGUCUUCGCAUCCAUGGCUGCCUUUGACAUUCUCCGAGACCAGCUCCACAGUGUCUUCUUCCUGAUUCCAGUCUUCAUUCAAGCCAAAGUGUCUUUGGACCGUGUUACGGAAUUCCUACAAGAGACGGAACUACUUGACACUUUCACUGAAUCCGGACAAAAUGAACCUGCUCAAGACAUUCUGGAAGGGACCGCUGAGUUCGACAAAUCUACCAUCGGGUUCCGAGGCGCGAGCUUCACCUGGUCCAGCUCCAUCAACAACACUGGCUCCGCCACCUCUACGACUGGCACUACCACUCCAGGCUCUGGUGCGAUGACGCCGUCGAGGAGGAACUUUGUACUUCAUGUGGAGGACGAGUUGUUGUUCAAGAGAGGCAAGGUCAAUCUGAUCAUUGGGCCAACCGGGUCGGGUAAGACUUCGUUGUUGAUGGCCUUGUUGGGCGAGAUGCACUUCGUACCAUCGGGUCCUGGAUCCUGGUUCAAUUUACCGAGGGAGGGUGGUGUGGCGUAUGCCGCACAGGAGUCCUGGGUUCAGAACGAGACAAUCAAAGAUAACAUUCUCUUCGGCACACCAUAUGAUGAGGAAAGAUACAACAAAGUCAUCUACCAGUGCGGUUUGAAGCGAGAUCUUACACUGUUCGAAGCCGGAGACCAGACCGAAGUUGGCGAAAAGGGACUCACACUGAGUGGUGGGCAGAAGGCCCGUAUCACUCUGGCUCGUGCAAUCUAUUCGUCUGCUGAGAUUAUCCUCCUGGAUGAUGUCCUAGCCGCCCUCGAUGUGCACACUGCUCGGUGGAUCGUGGACAAAUGCUUCAAAGGCAGCCUCGUUAACGGUCGCACUAUCCUUCUCGUCACCCACAACAUAGCGAUGGCUACACCAAUCGCGGACUACGUCGUUUCCGUCGGACUUGAUGGCCGCAUCUCCUCGCACGGCUCUGUGCAGGAUGCUCUCGCAAAGAAUAAGGAAUUGUCCGCUGAGGUCGCUGAUGAGGUCGUCGCCAUUGAGAAGGAUGACACUACGAUUGAUGCGGAGGAACCGAAUGAGCCUGCUAAGAAAGCUGAUGGGAAACUUACGGUUGCCGAAGAGAUCGCGGAAGGACAUGUCAGCUGGCCUGCCCUGAAACUGUACUUUGCGGCUCUGGGAGGCAAUCACAACGCGUUGUUUUGGACGUGCUUCCUGGGGAGCAUGGUCCUCAGUCAAGUCCUGAGCACUGUUCAGACCUGGUUCCUAGGAUACUGGGCCAAUCAGUACGAGAUUCAUGAUUCAUCGGAAGUCAAUAUCUUCUAUUACUUGACUGUCUAUGUCAUCCUUCUUCUAGUCGGCGUCAUAAUCUACUCCAUCGGAAGUGCAGUAUUCGUCUUCGGCUCUCUUAGCGCAUCCAGGUCCAUCCACAAACGUCUCAUCAGUUCCAUCCUCGGGACAACUCUCAGGUGGCUCGACACAACCCCAGUGUCUCGAGUCAUCACACGUUGCACCCAGGAUAUUCGUGCUAUGGAUGGUCCUGUGGCGCAGAACCUAGGAUGGGUCACGGAGCUCACGGUCAUGAUGGUGAUCAAACUCGCUGCCGUCGUAAUCUUGACCCCGGCAUUCAUCAUGCCAGGAAUCUUGGUCUUCGUCAUCGGAGGCUGGUGCGGUCAAAUCUACAUCAAAGCUCAACUUUCUGUGAAGCGUGAGAUGAGUAAUGCCAAAGCCCCCGUCCUUGGGCAUUUCGGAGCUGCUAUCGCUGGUCUCACCUCUAUCCGAGCAUAUGGCGCUCAGCUCGCAUUCAGACAGGAGUCGUACAGGCGUAUUGACAGGUACACCAGAGCUGCAAGAACGUUCUACAAUCUUAACCGUUGGAUUUGUGUGAGAAUCGACACCUUGGGCGGCUUGUUUGCGGCUGGACUCGCCGCCUACCUCAUCUACGGACCCGCCAAAGACACGAUGCACGCCUCGGACACUGGCUUCUCUCUCACCAUGGCCGUCGGUUUCAGUGGUUUGAUCCUGUGGUGGGUGCGCGUCCUGAACGAGUUCGAAGUCAGCGGCAACAGCCUGGAGCGUAUACAAGCCUAUAUCACCAUCGAGCAGGAACCCAAGUCUACUCCUGAGGGCGUGCCCCCAGCCUACUGGCCAUCAAGUGGAGACAUUCGCGUAGAGAACCUCUCUGCCCGGUAUUCACCAGAUGGUCCUGAAGUCCUUCAUGACAUUUCCUUCCAUAUCAAGUCUGGUGAACGUAUAGGUGUUGUUGGUCGAACCGGUUCAGGAAAGAGCUCCUUGACCCUCUCCCUCCUCCGCUGCAUCUUCACUCAAGGCACAGUCUACUACGACGGCAUCCCCACCUCGUCUCUCAACCUCGAUUCCCUUCGCACCCGAAUCACCAUCAUCCCGCAAAUGCCCGAGCUUCUCUCCGGUUCGCUCCGCGAGAACCUGGAUCCAUUCGGCGAUUUCGACGACGCAGUGUUGAACAGCGCACUGCGUGCCUCUGGAUUGUUUUCACUGCAGACGGGCGACGACGAGGGGAGAAUCACGUUGGAUACGAAAAUCUCGAGCGGGGGAAGUAAUUUAUCGGUUGGGCAGAGACAGAUUUUGGCGUUGGCGAGAGCGAUCGUGAGGGGGAGUAAGCUGUUGAUUCUAGACGAAGAUUAUGAAACAGACUCAGUCAUCCAAUCCUCCCUGAGACACGAACUCAAGGGCGACGUGACGCUGAUCACAGUCGCCCACAGACUGCAAACCAUCAUGGACGCAGACAAAAUCAUGGUCCUCGAUGCUGGUCGAAUCGUUGAAUUCGACAAGCCGAACGAGCUGUUGAAGAACAGAGAGGGUAGGCUGCGUGCCCUUGUAGAUGACAGCGGUGACCGGGAGGCGUUGUAUCACAUGGCUGAUGCUGAUGCAGAGAUGAGCUGA